UUAUGCUGUUAAUUUUGAAAACAUCGAUCAGAAACAGCGUGUUUUGUUUGUUCUUUGGGAAACAAGUCGAUGGAGAAUUUGGAAUUGGUUGAGACGGUUGUUGUGGUUUUGGGUUCUAUGUAUCUGUCGCGGAAAAUUAUCAGACACAUGUGGGGCCUCUUGAAUGUAGAAAAGGAGCCUAUUACAGUACUAAUCACUGGUGCUGCAGGACAAAUAGGUUAUGCUCUUGUUCCAAUGAUUGCUAGAGGGGUCAUGCUGGGUCCAGAUCAGCCUGUCAUUCUGCACAUGCUUGAUAUUGAACCUGCUGCUGAGGCCUUGAACGGGGUGAAAAUGGAAUUGAUUGAUGCUGACUUUCCUCUUCUUAGGGGUGUUGUUGCAACUACUGAUGCCAUUGAGGCUUGUAAAGGUGUUGAUAUUGCAAUCAUGGUUGGCGGAUUCCCCCGGAAGGAGGGAAUGGAGCGGAAGGAUGUGAUGUCCAAAAAUGUAUCCAUUUACAAGACCCAAGCUUCAGCUUUGGAACAGCAUGCCUCUCCAAAUUGCAAGGUACUAGUGGUUGCUAACCCGGCCAACACCAAUGCACUCAUCCUGAAAGAAUUUGCCCCUUCAAUACCAGAGAAAAAUAUCACAUGCCUUACAAGGCUUGACCAUAACAGAGCCCUAGGCCAAAUAUCAGAGAGGCUGCAAGUUCAUGUUGGUGAUGUGAAGAAUGUAAUCAUCUGGGGGAAUCAUUCUUCAACUCAGUACCCUGAUGUCAAUCAUGCAACUGUAAGCACCAGCGCUGGACUGAAACCUGUCAGAGAACUUGUUGGUGAUGACAAUUGGCUAAAUACCGAGUUCAUUGCUACUGUGCAACAGCGUGGCGCAGCUAUAAUCAAAGCACGAAAGCUGUCUAGUGCAUUAUCUGCUGCAAGUUCUGCUUGUGAUCAUAUACACGAUUGGGUUCUUGGGACUACCAAGGGAACGUGGGUUUCAAUGGGAGUGUACUCAGAUGGGUCUUAUGGAAUUCAACCUGGCCUUAUUUACUCUUUUCCUGUUACUUGUGAGAAAGGAGAAUGGAAGAUUGUGCAGGGGCUCAAGAUUGAUGAGUUUUCAAGGGGAAAGAUGGAUGCCACCGCAAAAGAGCUUAUGGAGGAGAAGUCAUUGGCUUAUUCAUGCCUCAACUGACAAUGAGUUUAUGUUUCUUUGAAAUAAAGAUAAUGGAGGGAUAAUCUAUAAUUUCAUUCAGUUAUCUUUCAGAAACUUAGAUGUUAUUCGGCCAUUUUAUGCGAUCAAAAUAAAUAAACCUCCCUCCAGUUGCUGAA